CGCUUGUACUUCCGGGUGUUGACGUCACAAGGGGGUCACAGGUCACGUGAGAAGUCACGGGACUCGUUCCUCCAUAGCGAUGUUUACUGAAUGCUGGUCAACUAAAACGUGUUAAAACCCGGGAUUUAAUUCACGUUUAUAAUCCUAGGAUUAAUCGGUUGAUGAGGUCAUGGAUGAGGACGGGUUACCGAUCGUGGGCUCGGGUGUGGACCUGCGGAAGGUUCCGGCGAUCCAGCAGCGGAGACUCGUCGCUUUUCUGAACCAGUUUAUCGUACACACGGUCCGCUUCCUUAACCGCUUCUCCACCGUCUGUGAGGAGAAACUUGCGACCAUAUCGUUACGCAUCCAGCAGAUCGAAACGACCCUCAGCAUCCUGGAAACGAAGUUGUCCUCAAUCCCAGGCCUGGAAGACGUCACAAUACAUAGAGUGGAUCAGAGGCCAUCUCCAGAGACCAACGGACCAGCAGCAGGAUCCACUGCUUCUCCAGCCCCAGCUGCUUCUUCUCCUCCUUCUGAGGUUCCUGGACAAGGGCAGGAAGGCUCACAGGGGCAUAAGGGAGAACCGGCGGGAGAUAACUUAAUGACCGUAGCCAAGGACCCCCGAUAUGCCAGAUACCUCAAAAUGGUGCAAGUGGGUGUUCCUGUAAUGGCCAUUAAAAACAAAAUGAUUCUUGAAGGUUUAGACCCAAAUCUCUUAGAUUCUCCAGAUGCCCCGGUCCCAGACUGCAGCCAAAAGGUUCCUAAAGAACAGGAUGAUGACAGCUCGGGCAGCGAAUCGUCUUUCAGUGACUGAUUAAUCCACUGACCCAUCAACAGUGGCUUAUAGAGAACCGGACUGGGUUCUCAGGGUGAACAUACAGAGGUCCCGAGCUAACUGAGCGUUCAUGGCAACUGAACGCGUGUGCCGUGCGAGUGGCCAUGAAGUAGCUGUGGGUCACCUAGACAUCUUUCUUUAUGUAGUGCUAGUGGUUUGAGAAGAACUGGACUCUUGAAAAUGUUUUUUUUUUUUUUUGUGUAGGAGGAAUGAUGGACCAGGGUUUCUGAUUAUGAAUAAUACUAAUAAUAAUGUACAACACACCCGGCCUUUCAUUUAAUGAAAUGAAAUGUAAAAUCACACACACACAUUUUUACGAACAUGUUGUUGUGAAAGCAUCGUGAUCACGAGGUCGUGUCAACAUUUAACCAUAAAAAUUACAUCACAUGCUUUUCGUUUCCCAACACAGGAGUCAUACAUAUUGUGCAACUGUAUCAGUUUAUUGCCAGUUCACUGGUGCUAGUGAAUUACAGCAAGGUGGAUUAAAGUGCAAAAGAUGUAAUUAUAUUAUAAUUAUGAUAAAAAAAGAUUGUACAUUGAAACAAGAUUGAAAUCGUUCUUGUGAUUGAAUAACGUGUAAAACAAAAUAUACAAAUAAAAUCUACAAAUCGC